GGAGGAGCUUAACCUGACAUAAACUCAACCGCAUUAAGGGGGGCGUUAUAUUGUGUGAUUUUGGAUUGUGGCAUUGGUUAAUAAUGCACUUCACCUUGGCGUCUAAAGCUCAGCAUUCCACAAACAAGAUCAUACCCUGGGCGCGCAGGCAGUGGAGUAAUCACACAUCACGAUCUGCAUCUUCAACGCUGCGGAACUUGUCUUUGGCUGAUGAUUUAUUGAAGGUGCGUGAACCACAGCAAAUUUCGAAAAUGGAACUGGUUUUCGCAAUUUUGACCGCCCUUUUUUCCACGGGAUUCGCCAGAAAUGUGACAUUUCACAGGGUUGCUGAACCUAUCGAAGACCACUACAUCGUUGUGAUGAAGCCGAAAGAAGACGUGGUCGCUGUCAAGAAGCUAAUCCAACUAGAUCGGUCUGGAAUCUUCAGAGACUCAUAUAUCAAGUACACCUACACAACGGCCAUUAAUGGCUUCUCCGCUAAACUAUCAGAGAGAGCUCUCGCAAAGCUCUUGGCUCGGGAUGAGAUCGACUACAUAUCGCAAGAUAGUAAGGUCACCGCUUCUGCUGUAGCUCAAUGGGGCUUAGACCGUAUCGGUCAGCGGAACCUUCCUCUUAGUGGCGAUUAUAGUUUCUUAGGAAACGGUUCUGGUGUCAAUGUGUACGUCGUGGAUACAGGCAUCCUCCCAGGUAGCAUUUUCUUUGGUGGUCGAGCAAAGGUAGCCUAUGACUCGGUCGGAGAUGGACAAGCUUAUGGCAUUGAUUGCAAUGGUCACGGCACCCACUGCGCCGGGACCAUAGGAGCGGAGAUAUUUGGAGUGGCCCCGGGUGUCAACCUCUUCGGAGUACGUGUCCUCGACUGCCAGGGAAGCGGUACAGCUGCUGGCGUCAUCGCAGGUUGUGAUUUUGUUGCGCGUUCAGCUAUGAAACCCGCCAUAGCUUCUAUGUCACUAGGAGGCUUUGCGCAGCCGGCGUUGGACGAUGCUGUGAGAGGAAUGUUUCAUGCUGGCGUUACCACAAUGGUUGCGGCUGGCAACUCCAACAACGACUCCUGUUUAUUCUCACCCAGCAGAGUCAGAGAGGCCAUAACGGUUGCUGCUACGGCUAUCAACGAUCGCCGGGCUUCUUUCUCCAAUUAUGGGAGUUGUGUUGACCUGUUUGCCCCGGGUGUGAAUAUCCCCAGUGCGGCAAUAAGCGGUGAAGAGUAUAUCGCAGCAUUCAGCGGAACGUCUAUGGCUUGUCCUCACGUUGCAGGUGCUGCGGCUAUUGCUCUUGGCAAAUCUGGAUCGAUGACCCCUGUUGAACUGAAAACCAAGAUGCUCGAGGACACAACUCCAGACGUGGUCGCCGACGUAUCUGGCUCUCCGAACCUCCUUCUUUACGUGCCAUAACACGUAAAGAAAAAAACCUUAACAGACUUGGGGACCAGAGGGCCGUUUCAUAAAGCUGUUCGUAACAGACUUGGGCACCAGAGGGCCGUUUCAUAAAGCUGUUCGUAAGUUAAGAGCGUCUUUAGGAACGACUGGUGAACCUUCCUUACCCGCUUAACCAUCGCCAAUGAAUAUACCAUUUACCUCAAGAAAGGAUCACCAGUCGUUCUUAAAGUGGCUCUUAACUUACGAACAGCUUUAUGAAACACCCACCAGGUUUCCGUUUCAUAAAGACUUGUUAUAAUAACAAAUGCACGUUUUAUACAACAAGUCUACUAAUAAUAGUCAAUCAAAGUGAAUUAUUUUAGGAGUUUUUAACUGUUAAUGCAGAUUUGUUUUUAUCACAAGUUUUAUGAAACAGGGCCCAGGGUCGCAUUGGAGUACGACGUUGGUCCUAAGCAUGACCGUGUCAAGGAUUUUCAUUUUCUUUAGGAGCAAGAAUUACCAGCUAAAUAUGUUUAAGAAGAAUAUCAAUAAAUAUAUAAUGGAAAUGCGAAUUGAUCGACCUUAUGAGAAUGGUGGGGUUUAUCUUAAAUUUACGAUUAAAAAUAAAGCAAUGAAAAUUGUUUUUUUUUUAAAACAAUUUUAUAGGUCCUGCGCACUUCUCUAAUGCGAUUGAUGCUUUUUCAAAGGUCUUGAGACCUUCCGUCUCUCCAGCAAACAGUGAAUAUUUUACUCAAUAAAUGAACAUGUACAUGAAGUGAUUGUUGAAUGAAAAGUGGAGAACAAAACGAAUGACAUUGGAUGUGGGUUUUUUAUUAAAUCAACGUCCAUUUGACAUGUUUGAGCUUUGGAUGUAUUCGUUCUUUGUAAAGGUAUUUUUUUGCUUACAGGAGAAAACGCCAAGAGGUUAUAACGAUAGUAUAAUAUUCGCAGUACUUUUUACGGUAGAUAGCAUAAUAAUAAUAAUAAUAUAGGGUAUUUAUAUUGCGCACAUAUCCACCUUGCAUACAUAAAUUCAGAGAUUCUUCGAAAAUUUAAUUUUCUUAAAUCAUGGAACAGUACAAUUUUAUGUUAUUCUCUCUCUUUUUUAUCUGUUUAUUCUGUCAUUGAAUUCUUCCUCUUUCUAUAAUGCCGAACGCUAACGAUUUUAGCCAUUUAUCUUUUUUUUCUUCCUCGGUGACGUGCGAUUUAUAUUGUAUGCUUAUAUUUAACAAAAAUCGUAUUCAUCGCCCAUAGCUUCACUAUUCCUGAAGAGAAGAGAAGUUUCAAAGUUCAUCCGAUGAUUGUAUGAAAAUAAUACGAGAAAGUAUUUUAUGAAAGAAAUGUUGGGGAUGUUUUAUAUGAAUGAGGAGCCAAAUGCAGAAUAUAGACAUGUGAUUAGAGCGCGGUUUUGGGUAUUAUAUGCAUGCAUGCGAGUAUAAAGAUAUAUGCUAUUUUAUUGGUAUUGGCUAUUAAUAUUUCAUGUACUGUGGGGUAAAAAAUAUUUUUGUACAAAUAGAGCAGGUAUUCACGUUAAUCUUGUAAUGUAGUUUAUUGAGUUUACAAUUGAUGUGUGCAUCGUCAUUGUAUUAAACAAUAUUCAGCUUUCUUCAAUGAAAACGAAUCAUGCAUUUGUUUAAAUUUGAAAUAGUCAUUCGCCUUAUUAUUCUAGUACUUUCUCUAAAUUCUGAGAGCAAUUCUAUUAACAAUACACAUUGCUAUUUCAAUUUUCCACAGACAUCUGGGUGAAAUGUGGUACAAUCAUUUUCCGCUCAACAUGUUACAAAACUGAAUAAAGAUUAUUUACGAAAUAAACACUCUAUGCACUACAAAUAACAAACUGAUAGAAGUGUUAUUCGAAGGAAAUAGGGCAAACCACUUUCUUCAUGUUCUAUGAAGCUAAGAUGUAUUAUUGUGUCGAAAGGGGAGGACUUUCACCUUUUUGGUAUUUAAUCUGUAUGUUUCAAUAACAGUAUUUUUUAUAAUCUCAGUGGGGGUACAGAUGUGGGCGCUUGGUCCCCAAAUUUCGAAUGUGC